AUGGAGAAGACGGCGAUGAAGGCGCUGAUCGUGCUGGUUCUUGGAACGAACUACUGGUCUUGCGCAGGCUUCCCCGUCUACGACUACGGCCCGUCCUCUCUGAGGGAGGCAGUCCGCGCCUCGCUGGCAAAAGUGAACUCCCAGUCGCUGAGCCCUUACCUGUUCCGGGCGUUCAGAAGCUCAGUGAAAAGAGUCAACGUCCUGGAUGAGGACAGCCUGAGCAUGGACAUAGAGUUUGGCAUUCGAGAGACGACGUGCCGGAGGGAUUCUGGAGAAGAUCCUGCCACCUGUGACUUCCAAAGGGGCUACUAUGUGCCGCUGGCCGUCUGCAGGAGCACCGUGCGGGUGUCUGCCGAGCAGGUGCAGGACGCGUGGGUCCGCUGCCACUGGUCCUCCAGCUCCGAGUCUAACAGCAGCGAAGAGAUGUUUUUUGCGGAUAUGUUGGGACCUUCUACAUCAAGAAAUAGUUAUUUACUUGGCCUCAUGCCCGACAGACCCAGAAGCGAGCCGUUUCACCAGCGGUCACUCGAGAUCAUGAGAAGGGUCAUUCCUCCUGGAAAUAGAAGGUACCCGAACCAGCGCCCCAGAGGAAGAAUAUACAGUGGCUUCGAGUAACAGCCUGGAGCAGAACGCACUGGAAGGAGUAGAAGUUCCAAUGAAGAAAGGCACUUUGCGAAUUGAUUGCUUCCAGUCCGUAAUAAAUGGCUUUCUUUCUUUCA